AUGUCUGACGAGCAACACGACCACACCUUCGAGUCCGCCGAUGCCGGCGCCUCGACCACUUACCCCAUGCAGUGCUCUGCUCUGCGUAAGAACGGUCACGUCGUCAUCAAGGGCCGUCCCUGCAAGAUUAUCGACAUGUCUACCUCCAAGACUGGCAAGCACGGUCACGCCAAGGUCCACAUGGUUGCCACCGACAUCUUCACUGGCAAGAAGCUCGAGGAUCUGUCUCCCUCCACCCACAACAUGGAUGUCCCCCACGUCUCCCGCAAGGAGUACCAGCUGCUCGACAUCACCGAUGACGACUUCCUCUCUCUCCUGAAGGAGGACGGUGACACCAAGGAUGAUGUCAAGGUUCCCGAGGGCGAUGUUGGUGACCGCAUCCGCAAGCUCUUCGUCGAUGAGGGCAAGGACACCAACGUUAUCAUCCAGUCCGCUAUGGGUGAGGAGGCCGCCGUUGAGGCCAAGGAGGCCCCCAAAUAA